AUGGCGUCUAGUUGCUGUAUUUGCUGCGAGAUCUUGCUCGCGAUCCUUCUUCCUCCUCUUGGAGUUUGUCUCAGGCAUGGCUGUUGCACCGUUGAGUUCUUCAUUUGUUUGAUCCUGACUUGCUUAGGGUACCUCCCGGGAAUAAUAUACGCGAUCUACACAAUCUUGUGCAUGAACCCUGAUGAGUACUCUGAUGAAUACACGCGUAUCUACUAUGUUGCUUGA